UAUAUUAAACCAAAGCAUCUGAGCUCUUUAGAAUUUUUUUUUGUAUAUUAACUUUAGCGAUUUUGAACUCACUGUCUGCAUAUUUACUUGUUACUCCAUUUCAUGUAAUAUUUACGUUGUUAGUUAGUACUGGUUAAGAUAGCCUUGAACUAGGCUAUUCGCUAAUGCUAACCAGCUAACGUUAGCUACAUCCCCGAACAUGACGAGCUACUCCUUCCCCGCUAAUGAAGAUGUCUGCUGGAUGGAGAAAGAAGCUCUGGGUGUGAACAUUGUCGUGAAAGAAGAAGAUAACAAUAUUACAGCGAAAGGAGAGGAAGGGGUAAUUACUAUCACAGUGAAAGAAGAGGAAAAAGUGGCUUUCGGGAUAAAAGAGGAGGAAGACUAUGUUACAGUGAAAGGAGAGGAUGUAGCUUUUGGAGUGAAAGAGGUGGAGGAUGUUGUAGUGAAAGAAGAUGAUUCCGUUUUUGGAGUGAAAGAGGAGGAGAUAACCGUCACAGUGAUAGGAGUGGAAGAAGCUUUCAGGGUGAAAGAGGAGGAGGAUGUUUCUGUGAAGGAAGAAGAGGACGUUUUUGGAAUGAAAGGGGAGAUUGAGGGAUUAAAGGAAGAGGGGAAGACUGUCACAGUUAAAGAAGAGGAUGAAGAAAAAGAGGAGACUAAAUAUCUGAUUAACACCAGACAGAGACCAGACUCUUGCUCUGACAGCGGGAACAAUCCUUCAGGGGAACCAGAACAAGAGAAGCCCAAACCAGCAAGACCACAUCACUGCUCCCACUGCGGAAAGGGUUUUAGGUGGUUAGGGAAGCUGAAAGACCACGAAAGAAUCCACACGGGAGAGAAGCCUUACCAUUGCUCUCAGUGUGAGAAAAGUUUUAUCCGGUUAUGGGACCGGAAUAUGCAUGAGAGGACACACACAGGAGUGAAGCCUUACCAAUGCUCAAAAUGUGUAAAACGUUUUGCUCAGUUGAGGGGCCUGAAAAUGCAUGAAAGGAUACAUACAGGGGAGAAGCCUUAUCACUGCUCCCAGUGCGAAAAUAGAUUUUUUUCAUCAGCGGGCCUGAAAAAACACGAGUGGACACACACAGGAACAAAACCUUACCUCUGCUCCCAGUGUGGAAAAGAUUUUAUCCACGCAGGUCAACUGAAAGAUCAUGAGAAAAUACACACAGGAGAAAAGCCGUACCACUGCUCUCAAUGUGGAAAGAGAUUCAUCAAUGUAUGGAACCUGAAAAAGCAUGCAAUCAUACAUACAGGAGAGAAGCCCUACCACUGCUCCCAGUGUGAAAAGAGUUAUACCCAAUCAGGGGACCUUAAAUCACAUGAGAGGACACACACAGGAGAAAGGCCAUACCACUGUUCCCAGUGUGGUAAGAGCUUUACCCGGUUAAGGCAACUCAAAGAACACAAGAAUAAACACACAGGGGAGAAGCCACACCACUGCGUUCAAUGUGGAAAGACUUUUACCCGAUUGGGGCAACUGAAAGAACAUAAAAUGAUACAUACAGGAGACAAGGCUUUCCAAUGCUCCCAGUGUGGAAAAAGUUUCAUCCAGUUAAAGACUCUGAAAAAUCAUGAGAGAACACACACCGGAGAGAAGCCUUACCACUGCUCCCAGUGUGGAAAGAGUUUUACUAAAUUAGGGAACCUGAAAGUACAUAAGAGAAUACACACAGGAGAGAAGCCAUUCCAAUGCUCUCAGUGUGGAAAGAGUUUCAUCCAGUUAGGUGACCUGAAAAGGCAUAAAAUAAUACACAAAAGAUGAUGCUUACCUCUUCUCCGAGUGUUGAAAUUGAUAUUUCACAUCACAGACUUAAAGUCAAUCAGAUGUUGACAAACCGAGCUCUUCAAAGUUAUUCUAUUUUUACCUAAAUAACAAUAUUGAAACAAUAUUCUAACAUCGGCUGGUAAAUUGUC